ACGAAACUGACGACUCGGAGUUUCCCGAGAAAACCUUAUCGGAUCAGAGAUAAAGCAGCCGAAGUCCUCACUGUAUUUAAGAAAGUAGUGUCUGGGGUUGAAUGACUUCGUUACAGACAUUAUCCGGCAUCAUAUUUCUGACGCUUGACUCUGCACUUGAACUCGACACGCGCCUGCUGAGGACCCUGCAGAAAUGUCUCAUUGUAAGCCGCUGCUCAUCCCGUGGCUGCAGACGCAGAUCGACAGCGGCAGGUAUCCUGGUGUCCAGUGGACAAACCAGGAGCGAACAGAGUUCUCCAUCCCAUGGAAACAUGCUUUAAGACAGGACAACUCGAACACUGACAUCCUCAUAUUUAAGGCCUGGGCAGAGGGGAGUGGCAUAGCUCAAGGAGAGCCCUCAGUCUGGAAGAGGAACUUCCGCAGCGCCCUCCGAGCCAAAGGCUUCAAAAUGCUCAGUGACAACAAGAACGACGCCGCAAACCCCCAUAAAGUGUUUCGCUGGCCGGUGGAGUCAGCACCUAGAGCUAACUCUGCUGCUGGAUCCCAGGACCAAGAUGAACCCAAUUUGUUUGAAGAUUAUCCCCUUCCUACACAAGAAAGCCAGGUCGCGUCAUGCUUUGAUGACUGUCUCUAUAUUCCAGAAGACACUGUGUUCUCAGAUUCCUUCGUCAACCAGGAUAUUCUCAAGGAGUGUCUCGAGGGACUGAACAUUGGCCCUGAAACAGAGGGCACUGCAGGCUUUGAGCUUCCUCCUGAGCAACAGCAGCUCCGAAGCCCGGCUGUGAUUGGUGGGCACGCGUUGCCCGGGCAACAGCAGUAUCCAGUAACGUUUGAGGGUGCAGUAGGUGAAGCUGGGUUGCCUGAGCAACCGGCACAUCCAAUGGAGGGAGCCGAGGGAGGGGCCUGUGAUGGACAAUUUGCGGAGCAGUUUCUUCAUUCUGUGACCAAGACCAGUGAUGGAGAUAAUUUCAAGACUCAAUUCAGGAUAUUAGUGUACUACAGAGGGGUGAAGAUGUCCGAGCAGCUGGUUGAGAAUGAAGUUGGAAUCCGCUUAGUCUACAGGCCCGAACUCAACGGGACAGUUUUGGAUCACGAGUCAGGCCUGUCACUGGUCUCUCUGCCAAAUCCUGGCGUCAUGCUGGAUCAAACCCAAGCCAAGCUGACCCAACAAAUCCUGGAGAAGAUGGGCGACGGUUUAGACGUGAGGGUGUCAGGCCAUGUGGUCUACGGCCAACGACGGGGUGAAACCAAAGCAUUUUGGAGCUUCUCCAAGUAUGACAGGAGCAGAGAGCCGCAAGAGAUUUUUAAAGUGCAGCCUCAACCACUGUACCAGUUCAAGACCUUUGUGCGAGGAAUAUUGGACUUCAUUGAAGGCAAAGACUCCCCUUCCAGCUCCUUGUUCUUCUGCCUCGGGGAGAAGUGGCCUGACAUAAACAACAGGCCUUGGGAGAGGAAACUCAUCACGGUGGAGGUGGUGCUGACUUCAAUGGAGUAUCUGAAGAAUAUGGCUGUUGUAGGCGGCGCCUCCUCCCUGCAGUCUGUGGAGCUGCAGAUGUCCCUGGAAGAGAUUAUGGACAUGCACUGACACACUUUCUUUUGUAAUCCUUAACCUUGUUCCUAAUAAUCCUGUUUACAUAUUUCAUGUAUUGAUUUUGGUGUUGGAUUUGCUCAUACUGCACAAGCUGUACCAUGUUUAAACAUAAAUAUGUGCUUUUAAAUGUAGACUUAAAAGAAUGAGAUUGACACUGGGAUCUGAUGGGAUUUAUUUGACAUCAGUGAUAUUUCUAAGAUACUGUGCUGCUUUCUGACACAAACUGAGGUGAAUAAAAGAGACCUGUUACUCAGCUCAAGAAGUAAACAGUAACUCUUUUCACACACAAAGAAGUACAAUAUUUGCUUCAUAUAGACCCCCAUCAUCAAAAUGUAAAUAUUGUCUGUACAAUUAAAUUAAUUUACUAUAUUAAUACCUAAAACCUCCAAUCAACAGAUAUAAUAUUAAAGCCUUGAACUCAU